CUCACAGCACAGCUGUUUGGAGCCAUGCUGAAUCCAGCAGAGGCUGAAGGAGCAGCGCUGCAAGCACAGUUGUUCCGACAGCCCAGGUGGGCAACACCGAAAGCUACUGACAUGCCUGCCAGGAGUAUUAAAUUCCGAGCUCUGGUAAUCUUAAUCAGCCUGCUCCACAGAGCAAGGAAGAAGAAGUGUCUAAGGAAGCAUGAUGGGGAAGAUCACAACAUCUCCAGUUCAUUAGAACCACCAAGCCCAGAAUCACAGCCUUCGUACUCUACACGGUCAUAUCUCAAGAACAGUGACUUCUUUGAAAUGAUUGAAAAGAUGCAGGGAUGCAGAAUGGAUGAACAGAGAUGCCCUCUUCCACCACCUCUUAAAACAGAAGAAGAUUAUAUUCCUUACCCCAGUGUUCAUGAGGUCCUCCAACGUGAGACCCCUUAUCCUAUCAUCCUGCUCCCUCAGUUUGGCGGUUACUGGAUCGAGGGAACAAACCAUGAAAUAAGAAGCUCUCCUGAAACAGAGCAGCUGUCAUCUCCUCCUUCUAAACUCAAGCUGGAAUGUAACACAAUUGCCAAACUCUACAGGAAACAGUUCUUGGGAAAGGAACAUUUUAAUUAUUACUGCAUUGACAGCGCACUGGGUCACUUAGUAUUCUCCCUCAAGUAUGAUGUCAUUGGUGACCAAGAACAUCUCCGCCUCUUACUAAGAACCAAAUACAAAACCUAUCAGGAUGUGAUCCCCAUAUCUUGUCUCACCGAAUUUCCUAAUGUGGUUCAAAUGGCAAAGCUUGUUUGUGAGGAAGUAAAUGUGGAUCGUUUCUACCCAGUUUUAUACCCUAAGGCCUCUCGCUUGAUUGUAACAUUUGAUGAGCAUGUCAUCAGCAAUCAUUUCAAGUUUGGGGUUAUUUAUCAGAAGCUUGGCCAGACCUCAGAGGAAGAAUUAUUUACCAACAAUGAGGAAAGCCUCGCCUUUGUCGAGUUUCUGGAGCUGUUAGGAGAGAAAGUUGAGCUGCAAGAUUUCAAAGGAUUUCGAGGAGGCCUUGAUGUUGCACAUGGCCAAACAGGGACAGAGUCGAUUUACUGCAAAUUUAGAAGCAAAGAAAUAAUGUUCCAUGUUUCCACAAAGCUCCCAUACACUGAAGGUGAUGCACAGCAACUUCAAAGAAAGCGACACAUAGGAAAUGACAUUGUGGCCAUAAUCUUCCAGGAUGAAAACACCCCUUUUGUGCCAGAUAUGAUUGCGUCAAACUUUCUACAUGCUUACAUUGUUGUCCAGGUGGAAAAGCCAUGUAGUAACCACACCGUGUACAAGGUCUCUGUCACAGCAAGAGACGAUGUUCCGUUCUUUGGUCCAGCCCUUCCUGAUCCAGCUGUGUUUAGAAAGGGUCCUGAAUUUCAGGAGUUCUUACUCACAAAACUCAUUAAUGCAGAAUAUGCUUGCUAUAAGGCAGAGAAGUUUGCUAAAUUAGAGGAGAGGACAAGAUCAGCCUUACUGGAGACUCUCUAUGAAGAGCUCCAUGUAAACAGUCAGGCUAUGAUGGGCCUAGGUAACGAGGAUGAAAAGAUUGAGAAUGGAGGAAGUGGAGGAGGAGGAGGAGGAGGCUUCUUUGAAUCCUUUAAGCGGGUGAUUAGAAGUCGAAGCCAGUCGAUGGAUGCCAUGGGUCUCAGCAAUAAGAAACAGAACACUGUCUCUACGAGUCACAGUGGCAGUUUCACCCACAACACAGGAGAAACCAUCAAAGCCCCUGGCAUUUUGUUGCUUGUGCCUGGAAAAAGCCCAACUAAGCACGGACGCCGAGGCAGUGCUAUAGGCAUAGGAACGAUAGAAGAGUCAUUGAUUAUUCCUGGAAAAAGUCCAACGAGGAAGAAAUCCGGACCUUUCAGCUCUCGCCGCAGCAGUGCCAUCGGAAUAGAGAACAUUCAGGAGGUGGUGGAGAGAAGGGAGAGUACAUCAAGUACCCAGAAAACCCCAGAUAGUGGUCAUGUAUCACAGGAACCAAAGUCCGAAAACUCGUCCAAUCAGAGCUCUCCAGAAAUGCCUACAACAAAGAACAGAAUACUAAUAAAUCAGAAGGCUUCAAACGAAGGUCAGGAUCUCUCACGAUCAUCUUCAAAUGCCAGCAGCUUUGCCAGUGUUGUGGAGGAGAAUGAAGUUCUCGAAGACUAUGACACUGGAAUGGACAGUCUUUCUUCUGUGGGUACACCUCAUAAGAGGGAUUCCUUCACCUACACCACAUGGCUGGAUGACAGCAUGAGCACAACCAGCGCACUGAGUGGAGGAAGCUCAACAGGUGGCCCACGUCCACUCCUAGAUGUUAACAAAGCUGGUGACUUACCGAGAUCAGAGAUCAAAAUUAAACUCGAGAGACCUGAGCAGCAGAAACUCAGUCAGCAAGAUCUGGAGAAUUAAAUGUUGAAGCAGUUUAACAAGAAGAAUUACCAAAAGAGACACAAGCUGAUGGAGUUGAGGAGAAACCGAAUGUUUGCCACUAAUGAAGAUGACGCCUUACUCUCUAAAGGAAGCCAGCAGAAACCAGGGUUGUAAAAAUGAAGAAUUUAUUUGGAAUUUAGAAAUAUAUCUCAAACUGCAUUGCACUUUGAUGGAGAUUCAGUUUCAGCUGGCUCUGUGUUGAAACUAUUGUGAUUGUCUAUUUCUUGUGUUUUGGUGUUAAUAUUGUCAUUGGAUAUAGUCUACAAGCACAAAUGGUAAAGUUAAUGGAGCACUGUCAACACUGUUAAAACACUGCAUUAGGCCUAUUUAUGGAGAUUGUUGCUGUGUUUUGGUGAUUAUUGCUAAACCUAGCUAAAUAUCAUCACUGAAUGGAAAAAUUGUAAAUAUGCUUUUGUAAAUAAUGCAAAAUAAAUAUCUUAAAUGUUACAAUCAAAA